CGGUCAUUUCGCGGCAUAGAAAGCAUUCGCGUGAAUAGAAUCGCGGUCGGCUGAUUAUCCAAAAUCAUAACAGAAAGAAAUUAUCAGAUUUACUUCGGCAACGCGAUCAACUUCGCUAAUUCAAAGCAAUUUCUUCGGGUUCAUUGUAAUAAAGGAAAAUCGAUUUUGUCUGGAUAUUUUCUGUUGUUUUUGUCAUUCUUCAAGUUCCGUGAGUGAAUCUCUUUCAAUUUAUUGGGAAUUAACCUGGUCGGGCUAGAUUUAUGAUUUUCAAUUUUGAAUUUGAAAAUUGAGAAGAAAGCGCGGUUUGUUUUGAAAAAUAAAUUGGUGCAGUGAUUGGAGUGCUAGUUCGGUGCAUCAAGAAACUUCGGGGAAGCAAUCAAGUGGUUAAAAAAAUUGCCCCAAGGAAACAUUCUCAGAUUAUCUAGUUUUGGAUGUAAACAGCUGAUUUUGGAUUAACGAAGAAAGAACCUGGAAGCAGUUGGUGCUGUAUUUGGGUUUCAAGAACGCCUUCAAACUUUCAAGAUAUUUCAGUUACCCAAUCACAUCAAAUCAUGCUGAAGUGAAUAUCAGACAAAAACCCGCAAUAAUGGGAAAUACAAUAACAAGCGGAGUCUCAACGUUGACUCGUAGUCAAAAAAGUGAUAAUUCUCAAAGCCAAACCAGCCAUGAAAGUUCUCGAGUCCUAUUUCUUCUCUACUUGAUACAUCGAACAUGGAAUGUAGUCGUGGACACAGUCGAUGUAAAAGGACGAAGGUCCAGAUCGAGUGAAGCAACAUCUGAAGAUUCAGGGGCUCCGAGAAGCCUCUAUGAUGAGAACUUCGACUUAGACCUUCUGGACUUAGACGACGACCAAUCCAGUUUAUAUGAUGGGUCACAAUACUCGUUCUGUAGCUGUAGUUACUGCCAUGAUUCGCAUCAGAACGCAUUCUUUUCAAGUUCAGGGCUUCGGAUGUCCAUUUGUGAAAGUGAACUGUCGUCUUACUGCAUUGGUUAUCAAAUGGCACCAAGUGCGUGUCAUACACCGCCCGGCUCCAAAAUGACCACCGACAUUUCAAUGUCAUGGCCACCGAACUUCACAGCAAAGGAAAAUCAAAGACCACCAGUAUACAACCCAGAAGAUUACAUACAAUCAUUAAAAAAGUUUGGAAAACGUCAAUCAGGAAACGCAAAAUCAAUCUAUGAUAACAGCGAAAAUGAUAACAAGGCUACGGAUGGAAGUCGUUCAGCAACAUUGCCCACAAAAUGUUCACAGUAUAUGUCUCCCAUCCCAACAGAACCAGACAGCGAGAUGACAUUAAGGCAAUUCGGAUCAGUUACAGAUUUGCUUACAAAGUUGAGGUCUGACUUGAGAGCUUCUUUUCCAAGCUUUGUCCAAGAAUUCGUCUCAUCACCUAUGGAUGGCGUGAGUCUACUCCUGGAGGUGCUACGCGCUAUACAACUCAGUCAAACUAUGGGAGUAACACCGGCAACGCUCUCCUCUUCAAUGCCACGAAAUGCGCAAUCUUAUCAAAGGAGAGCCCUCCUGGAUGAACUGGCUUGCCUCCAAUGUUUGAGCAUAUGCUGUUGUCGAUCUCCUGAAGCGAGCGCCCGUCUUGGAACAACCCCAGUAGGUCUCCUUCCAUUAGCUGCUUCGGCAACUGGACAAGGAAUACGUGCCAGGAUCCUUGCUUUGCAACUGCUUACAGUAGCCUGUGACAAAAAUGCUACAAGCCAUGGAUCCCAAAAAUGUGCAAAUGCCGGUCAUUCAGCGGUCUCAGAGGCAUUAGCAACACUCAGACUUCGUUGUGGAGAACCAGUUCGAUUUCGUCUUCUUAUCGGAAUGCUGAACAGUGGCGGGGGAUCAGGAGAAUUGCAGGCGUUUGGAAUCAAAUUUAUAAACACUUUUUUGAAAAGCGCGGAAAACCUACAAAACAGACUUUAUCUUCAGGCAGAACUAUUCCAGGCUGGUUUCGAUCCUCAUUCCAUGACCAAAACUAUUUCGUCAACGUCGCCAUGGCUGGAUAAGUUACGAGCUGAAAUCAAAUACUUUGAAGAAAUCAAAAUCGAUGUUGAACGACUACAAAUUCAAGCUAGAGAAUCAGAAAGGAUAAGGAGUCAAAUGGUUAUUCUAGAAAGGAGAGUACAGAUCUUACAAGAAGAAAAAAGCGUCCUCACUUCCAUGGAGCGACGCCUUCAAGAAAGAUGUGCCGAACUACAGCGAGAUAUCUUCCGCCUCCAAGGAGUACAAAGCGAUAGUUACAAGAGCCUGGAAAAACGUCCUAUAGCGUUGCCUCGUCUCAUUCCGCCGGGAAGUAAGCAAGCCUCCUCAGACCAUGACGAUGAAGGAAUCAGCAGCUCUGAAACUGGACCAUCCUUAAGUCCUGUCCCAAUAAUGGUGUUGCCACAAAAGAAAUCACAAAAGUUCAGCAUAAUGUUGGGCAAUGGAGAUUCGUAUGAAAAUAAGGAUGAAGAUGCGACUAUUGAAGAUGUUAUUGAAGAGCUUGAAAACAUAGUUAGCGAUGAACAAAAGAACGGAACAACUGAAUACCCACCGUCUGAAUCAACAAUCUUGAUCAAUGAUCAGACAAGAUCGGCUUUAGAGACCACAAAAGAAAAGGAUAUUGUACCUGUUAAUCUACUCCCACAACCGCCGAGGAAGUCACGAUCCUUGGCGCAUUUGAUGUCCCAAGGUGGGUCAGACUUGGAUGCCUCUGAGUAUGGGCUGCUACUCAUCCACAAUAACAGCCGAACUUCAUUCUUUGAAGACAUUGAUUUUGACCUCGAAAAGUCAUACGCUCAGGACGAAAAUAUCGAUCAAGUGGAUGCUGUUCACACAAGUACAAAUCGUGAAAUCCUUGAUGUUAUCAUGAAGGCUCGCGAAGUGGAAGACGAUCCUCAUUUGAACGCCCUUAGAGCGAGUUCACCGAUUCAGAUACACCACACUUCACCGGUGAAUCCACCACCUGCUCAGCAAUUCAAUGGAGUGUUUUUCAUGACUGAGAUGAACACCCCCCAGAAGUAUCCGAAACCCGAUGUGGCUGCUGCUCUUCAGGCUCGCCGAGUUUCUAAGAAUAUCGAUCGAUUUGAAAACUAUGGGCUGGACUCGAUGAUCGAUAUUGUACUCACAUCAGGCGAAAAGGAGGCGGCAACACAGAUUUAUUUUGCACAGAAUGGCGUCUCGUCUUUCAAGACUUCUACGGGGCUCAAUGGUUCCAGCAUUAAUAUAAAUAGUGGUAGCGUAGUUAAGGACACAACACGUACAAGGUCCAAUACGGGGUCAAAAGUGACGGACAUCCCGUCCGGAUUAUACUGAAUAUAAAAUGACAUAAUAGGACUUAGAUUAAUAUAUAUAAAUCUUAAUUGAUCAAAUCAUGAACUUAUUGUAGCCUAAAUAUACAUACAAUAUUUUGUCACUGUUCUUAAGUAUACAGAAUUACAGCUAUUGUUAUUUAAUUAAUAUUCUUGUCUUACUUUUGGUGCAAUACUAAGUAAAAGUAAGUUGCGGUUAGUGGGUUAAUCAUGAAUGCGGGCUUUGCUUGUAAAAUUCUAUGCUCAAAGUAGAAUUUUAUUAAGAUUCAUUUUUACAUUGCAUAUAAACAUUUUAUGUUACACUUUUUCCAAUAUGUGCAUAAAAGACCAUGUAACAAUUAGACUUUAUCGUAUCUAAGGAAAUAUUUGCAAAAAGCUUUUAAUGUAAGUUAUAUAAUAAAUUAUAUUAUGCCAAU